AACUUAUGCAAUGUUUAUGUUUACAUCGUGAUAAUGAUUUUUAACAGUUUACGAUAAUUCUAUAUGUUAACAGUUUUACGUAAUGACUUGACCUAAUUCCUAAUCUUUAGAAUCUUUUUUUUUUUAUAAAUAUGUUAUGAUAGAUUAAAAUACCUUUAAUAUUAAAUUCAAACUACGAGAAACUCUUCAUUAUUUCAACUUUUUCCGGUUAUUGUAAGACAAAAUGCAGGAUACUUUCAAUAUUCAGGGAUAUUUGAUACAACUGAAAACCUAUAUCAAUGGUCUGUGCAAAGGGAAAGAACCUUGGGAAAUUAUACUCAUUACCUUUUUGACUACUUUUCUUAUUUAUUUUGUGAAUAGAUUUAUUUCAAAUUUUCUUGAUGAUGGGAUUACUGCUACAUUCUGGUACUACUUCCGAAAAGUACCCUUCAUCAAGCAGACAGUGGAGAAGAAAAUAAAAUCAACUACUGAUGAAAUUGAGAAAGAACUUUUGAAGGGAAUGGAAAAUAAAAUAUUUCUACAAAGCUUGCCAAAAAAAUCUUGGAAUAUGAAUGAAAUCCUGAAAGAAAUUGAUAAUUAUAUAUCUUUUGGCAAAUUUUCAUGGAAUGAUGGCUAUGUGUCUGGAACUUUCUAUCCUGGUAAUGACGAGACUCUUGAGGAUCUGAUGCAACAGGUAUACAGGAAGACUGCCUAUACCAAUCCUCUUCACACAGAUGUCUUUCCUGGAAUCAGAAUCAUGGAGGCAGAAAUUGUCCACAUAGUGUCUGCUCUUUUUAAUGCUCCAGAGGGUAUUGGAACUGUCACAACAGGAGGCACUGAAAGUAUUUUUCUUGUUUGCAAAGCAUAUAGAGAUUAUGCUAGAAAUGAGAAAGGCAUUAAGGAACCUAAUAUGGUAAUACCUGUUACAGCUCAUGCAGCUUUUGACAAGGCUGCACAGCUCUUAAAAAUUAGGGUUAAGCAUGUCAAGCAUGAUCCUGAUACUAUGAAAGUUAAUAUUCGCGCAAUGAGAAAAGCAAUUGAUGGAAAUACGUGUAUGCUUGUGGGAUCAGCACCUGCAUUUCCUCAUGGUUGCAUAGAUGACAUUGAAGAAAUUGGAAAGUUGGGUCAAAAGUAUGAUAUACCUGUGCAUGUGGAUUGUUGCCUUGGAGGAUUUCUGGUGCCUUUCAUGAGAAAAGCAGGAUUCCAGUUGCCACCCUUUGACUUCUCUGUGAAAGGAGUUACAAGUAUCUCAUGUGAUACUCACAAGUAUGCAUUUGCUCCCAAAGGUACUUCAGUUAUUUUAUACAAGUAUAAGAUGCAUCGACAUUAUCAAUUUUCGGUCACAACUGAUUGGCCUGGAGGUAUUUAUGGAACACCAAAUCUUUCAGGCAGUCGAUCUGGAGGUCUGAUUGCAACUUGUUGGGCAUCAUUACUCUAUCAUGGUGAAGCAGGAUAUGUGGAAGCCACUAAGAAAAUUAUAUCUGCAACCAGAUACAUUGAAAAAGGGCUGAAGGAGAUUGAUGGAAUAUUUGUGUUUGGUCAACCCAAUGUAAGUGUCAUUGCAAUUGGUUCCAAUCACUUUGAUGUGUAUCGUCUGAGCAGUGCCUUGACAGAAAAGGGUUGGAAUUUGAAUCUUCUGCAGUUUCCUUCGGGAUUCCACAUCUGUGUCACAAUGCAGCAUACAUAUCCAGGAAUUGCUGAUAAAUUUCUCUCUCAUGUGAGAGAAUGCACUGCUGAAAUACUCAAAGAUCCUGUAUCUCGCACCACUGGGACUGCUGCUAUUUAUGGAAUGGCUCAGCAAAUUCCAGAUCGUUCUUUGGUGGCUGAAAUCGUGUGGGCUUAUCUGGAUGCUUGUUAUAGCAUCAAGAAGAAUGAACCACUGCAAAAUGGUACCAUUGAAGAAAGGAAAAGUUGAUUUGGCAACACAUAUUCUAUGAAUUUUGUAUCUUUCAAUUUACGGUACUGGAUCUCGGCUUGUGUUUGAUGUUUUUAACUGUGUCUGCAUUGCUUAUUGAUGCGUUUUUUGAAAAUGUUUUCAUUUUGGAUACUAUAUAUAUUUGGAAUAUAUUUUUGCAAAAUAAUGUUUUUUAUUAAUGCACAUUCUUUCACUGUAGUGAAAUGAUGUUACAUAUUAAUGCGAUUGAAAAUGCCUGUGAGAGUUUAGCAUUAAACUGAGGCAGUUGAACUGUGCAUAUUUUUGCCACUAGCAAAUGUCUCUUAUUAAUUGAAUAUGGAGAUUUAUCACUAAAUUGUGAAGUUAAAUUUUGCAUUUAAUGCUAUUAAAAAUAUCUUAGUGACUGUGAAAGCAUAUUAAUUAAUUGGAGCAAUUAAAUGCUAUAUAUUUAUGCUUUUAAAAAAGGUUAUUGACUGUUGUAGGGCAAUUUAUUUCUUAUCUAGGCUAUUCAUUCCAUAUAUUCCAAAACAUUUAUAUAUGUUUCUGUUACUAAAUAUGAGCAUUUACUCAUAUUGUUUGUUUUGCUGUAUUAAUUUCCUGUUUGUUUUCCUGUAAUCUUGUUCACAGAUCUAAAUGUUCUAUAAUCGAAAUUAUUUAGCAUAUAAUAUAUCAAAUACAUUAAAAAUUUUUAUAACAUUUAUUAAAUUAUAAUGUUAUAACAUUUAUUUCAUUCCAGCAUAACUUAAAUAGGUAAUUAUUUUUAAAAAUUUCAAUAUUUUUGUGAAUUUAAAUAAGAAUUUACUUUUUGGUGUAUAAUUAUAAUAAAUAUUUCCCAUACAUUUUGAUUUUUAUUAUUUAUGUAACAUUUAGAUAAAAAUAUAUCAUAAAUAACUACAAAAAUGCCAUAUUAUUUCAUGUUGUUAUAAUGCAAUAUAUGCUGAAAAAUUUUGUAAAAUGUUCUCAGAUUUUAGACCUUAUGUCAUCAAAAUAUUGCUUAAAGUGAUCAAACUGAAAGAAAAAAAAGUUAAUGUGUUGAAGAAUUUGUGAAUAUUCUGAAAAAAAAAAAUGUGCAUUUCUAUAUGUGCACAGUAUAAAUUGUAAACAUGAUACUUUGAUAUAAGUAUCAUGUUAAUUAUAGAUUUCUUAAUUAAUUAGAAGAUUAAUUUCUGUGAUAGAGAUAAUAUUUUAAAAUAAUAACACAUUAACUCAAUUUUUUUUCUUUUGAUUUUAUUAGUCUUGGCAGUAUAUCAACAAUAUUGUCUGAUGUAAAAGUAAAAUUCUGCUUUUCUUCAUUCAGCACAUUUUUCGUAAUCUUUUAUUUGUAAAAAAAGACACUUUUAAUAUUUUUAAAAUUUGAAAUAUAAAUUAUAAAUAUUGAUAUAGUUUAAGUAAAAAAAUAUUUGAGUUACCUAGAAAGGAUUUGUACUGUAGCUUUUUGCUGGUGAGAAUUAAAAUUUUUUAAUUUUUCUUUAAACAGAUAUAUAUAAUAUUGCUUUCUUUAAAUUAAAAAUAAAUGAGCAGCAUUAUUUAAUUAUGUAUAAACAGAUUCAAUGAAAUUUAGCUAUUAAGUUUUUUUAUUGAAAGGCUUUGAAUCAUGGUACUACAUGAAUGUAAUAAAAUUCUGAAUGAUUAAAAUGCUUUGAAAAAUUCUCUAUCCCACAUUUGGUCAUGACUUUCAGUUCAAGAAACCUUGGUUUUAAUCUUAAAAUAUGGGUAUAGCAACCUGGUGAUUUCUAACUUUAAAUCCUGGUGAUCACAUUAAGAUUCAAUUAAAUUUCCUUUUAGUUUUAUGAAAUCACUUAUAGGAAUUGGAUCUCUAGUGUCUACCUCUUUUUGUUUUUCAUUUGAAUUUGUUAUUUGUUUGUGUGAACUUUUGAUACUACAUGCAAUUGUAUUUUAACAAAUGUAUAUGAAAAAUAUUACAUUCACAUUAAUAAAUGAUUCCAUGCUUUAAAA